CGGGCAUCGGCUAGUCAACCAGGGUAGAUCGCUAAGCUAAGCUAAGCAGGCUGAAGGUUUUUUUUUUUUUUCUUUUUUCAGUUUCCUUUAUUACACCCCUCGCCCCAUUCUCUUUGUUUCUUGUUUCUGUCUUGUGCUCGAAUCUUCAUCGCCAAUCCAAAACAUCCCGAAGCUCACUGCCGCAAGCAUUCCGGCCGGGCCCACCUGAGCUUACCUGCGCUAUUGUUCGCCCCAAAACCAAAACAACCCCCCCCUCUCAGAAACAAAAAAACGCACACACACACACACACUGAGCAUCUCCCCUCAUCAUUGUUAUCGCAGAUUCACAUCGCAGCGUCCUACGAAUCUCACAAUGGCGAUUGACGAAGUCGACCGCGAGCUCAUGGCCGCUGAGACGGAUGCCGCCUCGCCCGCCCAGUACCACCGCCGCACCUCUGACGAGAUUGAGCGCGUCGUCAGUGCUUCCUCGGUCUCCACGGAAGAAUCUUCUACUGGCGCGACUCGCCGCACCAAUGCUCUCGCUAUGAGCCGCAUCUCUACACAGAAUGAUCUCGAGCGCCAUCCGACCGCGCUCUCCCGUAUCGCCACUGCUCGCAGCCAGCACAAUGCGACGGUGGGUGGCGGUUACCGCUCCCGCAGCGACAGCAGAGCUUCUAGACCUCUUCCUGCGUUUGGUGCUGGUAAGCCUUACCCGCCAAUGCUUCCCGAGCAGGAGGAGUAUGUGGUCGAGUUUGAUGGGCCUCACGAUCCCCUGCAUGCUCAGAACUGGCCGUUCCGAAAGAAGAUCAUCACUGCUGCCGUCCUCGCCUACACGACCAUGACCUCGUCCUUUGCCUCAUCCAUUUUCGGUUCCGCGACGCUCCCCAUUGCCCUGGAAUAUCAUGUCGAUAAGGAGAUUGGUCUUCUCGGUACCACCUUUUAUGUGCUCGGUUUCGCUUUUGGUCCUACCCUCUGGGCUCCCUUUUCCGAAUUGAAGGGCCGUCGCCUGCCAUUGCUCAUCUCCAUGCUCGGCUUUACGCUCUUCUCAAUUGCGGCCGGUACCGGCAAGGAUAUCCAGACGAUUCUCAUCUGCCGUUUCUUCAGUGGUUUCUUUGGUGCCUGUCCCCUGGCUGUCGUCGCUGCCGUCUUCUCCGACAUGUUUGACAACAGGAGCCGUGGUAUCGCCAUCGCCGUCUUCUCCAUGACCGUCUUCACUGGCCCUAUGCUUGCCCCCUUUAUUGGCGGCUUUAUGGUUGCUGCUAUUGGCUGGCGCUGGACCGAAUAUCUCGUCACCAUCAUGGGUGGUGUCGCUUUGAUCCUCGAUCUCAUCUUCCUCGAAGAAACCUACCCACCCGUCAUUCUCGUUUCCAAGGCUGCCGAACUCCGUCGCCGCACCAAGAACUGGGGUAUCCACGCCAAGCAGGAAGAAAUUGAAGUCGAUUUGCGCGAACUUGUUUCCAAGAACUUUACCCGUCCUCUCCGUCUUCUCUUUACUGAGCCGCUCAUCUUGCUCUUGUCUAUCUACAUGUCCUUCAUCUACGGCAUCUUGUAUUUGUUCUUCUCCGCUUACCCGCUCGUAUUUGUCGGUGUUCACCACUUCAACUACGGCCAGUCUGGCCUCACCUUCUUUGGCAUGAUUCUCGGCCAGCUCAUUGCCGGCGCCAUGGUCAUCUUGCAGCAGCCUUGGUACAACCGCAAACUUGCUGCCAACAACGGUAUCCCCAUCCCUGAGUGGCGUCUGCCUAGUGUCAUGGUCGGUGGUGUUUCCUUUGCUAUCGGUAUUUUCUGGUUCGGAUGGACUGGCUACCGCUCUGACAUCCAUUGGAUCGUCCCCACGCUCUCCGGCCUCUUUACUGGCUUCGGUCUCAUGUCGAUUUUCCUUCAAGCUCUCAACUACCUCGUCGAUUCGUACCUCAUGUUCGCCGCCUCCGCCAUUGCCGGCAAUACCUUCUUGCGAUCACUCUGCGGUGCUGGUUUCCCUCUUUUCUCCGUGCAAAUGUUUAACGGCAUGGGUAUUCAGUGGGCUUCUACACUCUUGGGCUGCAUUGCAGUGCUUCUUGCUCCGAUCCCCUUCGUCUUCUACUUUUACGGCGCCCAGAUUCGCCAGAAGAGCAAGUUCGCUCCUACCUUCGCUGCCCCCGCCGACACCCAUGAAGAGGAGUCGACCGAGGAAGAGGCCAACAAGACCGAGGGUGGUGACGCAGCUGCUCAGAGCGCCGCGCCUGAAAAGACAACCGAGAACGGAACACAGCAAACCGUUUAAGGCGGUUGUUGAGUGGUACAUUCCCUGCCUCAGAGAGGCUUAAUACAUUAUUAUAAUGGAAUGGAAGAAUUGUUAGGAUUGGCGUUCGCUUGGUUGACUGUUUUGGCCACAGUUGGAUACGGUCUGUAUAUGUUUGACAUGCUAUUUGUGUCUACUUUCUGGUUUCAUACUUUUACUUCUUUUUUAAUCUAUACCCUUCAUCU